UGAUGCCGUUCAGCGCUUGCAUCGUGAAUGAGUUUUGUUUGAAGAAUUUAGUUUGAAUGUAUCGGUUGUUGUAGCAAUAAUGUCUUCAGUUCUUCAUCUGAGAGAGUUUAUAGAGGGGAGAUUAACUGCUGCCGCAGAACAAAUCUUCUCAGAGUUUGAAAAAACGAUCGUCCGGUAUGAGGAGGAGAUCAGUCGGCUAAGACUGCUGGAUAUCAGACCCGGGAUAAAGUCACACAGUACAGGUCUGGAUGAGCAGCAGGUCUGUGACCAGGAGGGGAGCUCCAGUCUCAACCAGCAGGACCCAGAGCCUCCACAGACUAAAGAGGAACAGGAGGAAACCUGCAGCAGUGAGGAAGGAGAGCAGCUUGAACUGAAGCAGGAGGCUGAAGGCAUUCAUGUCUGGACAAGGGAAGAGCUGGAUUUGUUGUGUAAACCUGGAGUAAAGCUGACCACAACAGAUGAAGUUCUGGAUAACCAGCAGGUCUGUGACCAGAAGAGGAGCUCCAGUCUGGACCAGCAGGACCCAGAGUCUCCACAGACUAAAGAUGAACAAGAGGAAAUCUCCCUCAAUCAGGAAAGUGACCAGCUUUCACUGAAGCCAAAAACCAAAGAUGUCAUCGUCUGGACUGGGCAGGAGCUGGACAUCAUGUGGAACCCUGAAGUAAAGUUGCAAAGAAUAGAUUUUCCACAACAUGACUGUAAGGACAAGGAGGGGCUCACAUAUCAGCACGUCUGCUACCAGACGAACUCCAGUCUGGACCAGGAGGAUCCUUCACAGAUUAAAGAGGAACACAAGGAACUCGGUACCACUGAAGAGGGAAAACCGCUUGAACAAAAGCAGGGGACUGAAACUUUUCCUGCUAGUGAAGAAAGUGACUACAGGGAACCAGAACCAAGCAGUGUCCUGCUCCUUUCUCACAACUCUCCUGUCACAGAUCAGUGUGAAAGCAAGGACAAUGACUUACACAGAAAUAAUUUGAAUCAAAUCAUAGCAGACCCGAUGGUUAAAAAUUCCAAGAAAGUACAUUCAUGUAGCACCUGUGGAAAGACAUUUAAUAGGACGGGAAGCUUGAAACGACAUAUGCAAAUUCACACAGGUGAGAAGCCACAUUGUUGUAGUUGCUGUGGAAAGACAUUUAAUAGGACGGGAAGCUUGAAACGACAUAUGCAAAUUCACACAGGUGAGAAGCCACAUUCUUGUAGUUACUGUGGAAAAAGAUUUAGUUGGAAGUCAGACUUGACAAGACACAUGCGACUUCACACAGGUGAAAAACCACAUUCUUGUAGUACCUGUGGGAAAAGAUUUAAUCGGAAGGAAGAUUUGAAAAUACACAUGGAAUAUCAUACAGGUGAAAAACGAUAUUCCUGUAGCACAUGUGGCAAAAGAUUUCAUCUAGACACAAAUUUGAAUAGACACAUGAAAAUUCACCUAUGUGAGAAUUCUUGUGGCAUUUGUGGAAAAGGUUUUGGUAAGAAGACAUACCUGAAUAGACACAUGCGAACUCACACAGGUGAAACGCAAUAUUCUUGUAUCACUUGUGGGAAAAGAUUUCAUUUAAAAACAAAUUUGAAUACACACAUGCGAACUCACACAGGUGAAACGCCAUAUUCUUGUAGUACAUGUGGGAAAAGAUUUAAGUGGAAGCCGUAUUGGAAAAUGCAUAUGGAUUUUCAUACAGGUGAAAAACAACAUUCCUGUAUCACUUGUGGGAAAAGAUUUCAUUUAAAAACAAAUUUGAAUAGACACAUGCGAAUUCACACAGGUGAGAAGCCAUAUUACUGUAGCACCUGUAGGAAAAGAUUUAGCAACGCAGCACAUUUUGCAAGCCACAUAAAAAGUCAUACAGGUGAGAAACCACACUGUUGCAGAGGCUGUGGGAAAGGCUUUAUCCUUAAGUCAAGCUUGAUAAGACACAUGAGAGUCCACACGGGUGAAAAACCUUAUUGUUGUAGCACAUGUGGAAAAAGUUUCAGUUCUUCGGUACAGUUGAAAAUGCAUAUGAAAAACGAUGCUAGAUGCUAAGUUUCAUUCUUAGAAAAUGUUAAUGGUGUCUCUCGCUACAUGCACGUGUACAUUUGGUAAACGUGCAUUGUGUCAUAGAUCCUAGUAAACUGGAUUAUUACACACACACACACACAUACACACACACACACCUAUCUAUCUAUCUAUCUAUAUAAACAAGAUUCAAUAAACAUUUAUUUUUAACUUGACUUUCCAUCUGUUCCUCUCUUCUGUUCGACAUGCGGUUAGGUCUCGCACCUUAAAUUCCUCUACUGCUGCUGCUAAAUUUUCUGAUAUUUUGAAUUUAGUUUUACCUUCCUAUAACGAUGUUGAUUUACUAACAAAUCUUUUUAAUAAUUAUUGUCUUUCUAUUUUAGGCAAUGUUUGUCCUCUCAGAACCGUCCCUGUGAAAAAAUGACAGUAUUUGCUAUUCAAUUCCUGUUGUAUUAUAGAGGAAAACUUGUCUACAUGUUAAUCUCUUUCAUUUAAAGGCCCUUUUAGUUUCAUUUAACGCAUCAGUUUGAGAUGCAAGGGCUGCUUAUUUCUCAGACUUAGUUUCAAGGAGCAGAGGUAACCCCAAGGUAUUAUUUGACAUCAUUAGCGAUAUUGUUGCUCCUGCUCCACCUGCUGGUCCAGUUUCAUUGAAUGAAGAUUGUAAAAAUGUUCUUUCUUUCUUCAUUGAAAAAGUUAGUAAUGUGAGGAACAAUAUCUGUCCUUCUGUGUCUCUGUUUAGUAACGCUGCAUUACUGCGUUACUAAACCGUGAUUUUUUUUUUUUUUUUGCGAGAAUGUCUCAUGACAGUGACGUAAGCGAGUGCAACGUUCGUGACAACAGCUGUGUGCAUGAACUUGGGAUCUAGGGACUUCGUGAUCUCGUUUAAAAACAGCUAAAAACUCAUCUUUUAAAAUUUCCUUGUGGUUAUUUUUUUAUGUUUUAGUUUCUUGUGAAGCACUCUGUGAUGUUUAUGUUGAA